UAAACGAGUAAACGGGCUACACUCCUACAGCAGCUGCUGUCGCGCAUGUAGCAUAAUAUGCGAUAACUAUAUUAUUAUACGCGUCUCGUCGAGACUAUUGUUAGAUUCGUUCAUCGUUUUGGUUGCGUACGUAUUUUAUCAAUAUUGUCGUUCUACAUCGUUUACUAUCAGUGUGUGCGCUUAAUUUAUAUCGGACAUUAGGGCAAAACAUAAUAAUAUUUUUUGUCUUUUGCCCUUCGACCGGGUCUGACGCAGCUAUAUAGUACAGUUUUUCUCUUUUGUUCUGACGAAUAAAUUAAUUACUCACAACACGCCCGCUGCGUUAUCACCACUAAUAUUAUUUCGUGAUAUCGAGACACCCCGACACACGGCGCUUUCAUAACAUCGUAAUAAUUACUAAUUAUUAUAUUCACAUAGACGCGCAUCAGUAAACAACAGUUUACUCACGGUUACUACACUAAAACACGCCUAUUGUUAAUAAUUGUCGUGUAUUAUAGGUAGCGAUUUAUUAUUACUAUUACGUCGUACCCGUGUACCCAAGACCCAGCAGUUAUCUAUAAAAGAUAGUAGACGUACACAUUACACGUUACGCAGUAACGCACACAAAUCCGAACGUUUUUGCGCCAUUCGACGUCGCCGGCGGUUUUAUAACGCAUACUAUAUUAAUUUUUAUCUAAUCUACGAAACGAAUAUUACAUUCUGCCCACUGGAAUUCGAAGCAUACGGCCCUGUGUUCUACACUCAUCGCAGUGGUGCGAUGAGCGGUCAACAUUUAGCAGAUGGUACGGUUGACACUGGAAAUGGUGGAAAUCGUAGUCCAGUUGAUACUAAAUCACCUACGUCUAUUGAAAAACAACACAGUUACGAACAAAUAGACCAUGCUCAUUUUUUGGCCAAUGACAUCGGCACUCUCUAUCUUAAUGACAGGUUUUCUGAUGUUGUGUUGGUAGUAAAUGGUGAACGUUUCCAUGCUCACAGAGUAGUGUUGGCUUCAAGAAGCGAUUAUUUUAGAGCAUUGUUGUAUGGUGGUUUAAAAGAAUCUCAUCAAUCAGAAGUGGAAAUCACUGAAGCUUCGAUAAAUUCAUUUAAAAAACUUCUCGAGUAUAUUUAUUCGGGGCGUAUGAACUUAAGUAUAUUAAAGGAUGAAGUAAUUUUAGAAAUAUUUAGUCUUUCAAAUUUAUUUGGUUUUACAAAUUUGGAACUUUCUUUGUGCAAAUAUUUACGCAGUAAUAUCAAUGUUUAUAAUGCAUGCUCCAUGUUUGGUGCAGCACGUUUAUAUCAGCAAGAAGACUUAGUUAUUGAAGCGUUGAAUUUUAUAGACUCUCACGCAUUGGAUGUACUUCAAUCUGAAUCUUUUUUAUCUCUUUCACCCGAAGCACUUCAAGAAGUACUUAAUAGAGAUUCAUUGUAUGCUUAUGAAUUGGAUAUAUUUCGUGCGGUUUGUCGUUGGAUUAAAGCAAAUCAAGAUGAUGAAGAUCCUGAAGCGAAAAUUAAAGUUUUAUCUACCGUCAGAUAUCCCUUGAUGAGUUUGGAUGAAUUACUUUCAGUUGUGAGAGAAUCACAACUUGUUAGUUCUGACAACAUUUUGGAUGCCAUACAGUUACGAAAUACAUUACCUUCACACAAACUCAAAUUUAGAGGACAGCUAAAACCUAACCUAAAUAUUGCCCAUCCUUCACAAGGUGCUCAGGUUAUGCAGGGAGAAAUGCGUUCAGCAUUAUUAGAAUCUGAUUCUAAUGGGCAUGAUCAUGAACGAGGCUGUACUAGACAUUUAAUAAAUGAAAGCGACAGUGGUAUUAUGAUAAAGCUUGGUCAUCCUUCAAUUAUAAAUUAUAUAAAAAUGCAUCUAUGGGAUAAGGAUCUUAGGUCCUAUUCUUAUUAUAUCGAAGUAUCAAUGGAUCAACAUGAUUGGGUGCGUGUCAUUGAUCAUUCAAAUUAUUACUGUCGAUCAACACAGCGUUUGUGGAUACAUCCUCGGGUAGUGCAAUACAUUCGUAUCGUUGGUACCAAUAAUACCGUUAAUAAAUCUUUCCAUACAGUUUCAAUGGAAAUAAUGUAUAAUUCUGAAGAAAUGGAUUUAGUAAACAUUGAAAAAGGAUUAGUAGUACCAAAAUUUAAUGUUGCUACAAUGGAUAAGAAUGCCAUUGUGAUUGAUGGAGUUAGUCGUUGUCGAAAUUCCCUAUUGGAUGGCAAUUGUAAAGAUUAUGACUGGGAUUGCGGUUACACAUGCCAUCAGUUGGGUUCUGGAUGUAUACUCGUUCAACUUGGUCAACCCUAUAUGCUUAGUUCAAUGAGAAUGCUACUUUGGGAUUGUGACGAUCGUUAUUAUAGUUAUUAUGUUGAAGUGUCAGUUAACAUGUGGGAUUGGGAAUUGAUAAUUGAUAAAUCAAAAGAGCUUGUUCGAUCUUGGCAACUUUUGCAGUUCAACCCUCGACCUAUUGUAUUUAUUCGUAUUACUGGUACUUAUAAUUCAGCUAAUGAGGUUUUUCACUGUGUUCAUCUGGAGGCACCAGCUCAAGUUCCUAUAGACUCUAAUACAGUUGAAGUUGAACAGGAAAUUUCUAACUUACAAGUAGCAAAUAGAUUAAACAUUAAUGAAUCGGAAGAGCCUGAGUCAGUGGUUAGUACCUCUGCAGCAGAAACUUCAACAACAGUAGUAGGCAGCCAGACUGCUUAAAUAAUAUAUUUUACUGCAUCAUUUGCUAAUGUUCCUCGCGUAUUUUCCAUAAUAGACUGAAUGUUAUAUCAAAUUGUUAUUUAAUUUAUUUUUUUCAUAUCAAUUAUACAGUUAUUAAUUUUUCAUUAUUUAUAUUUUUAAAUUUUCCAUUUAUAUAAAUGGUUAUUUUUUUUUUAAAUAUUUUUACAAUUUGUUGUAAGUAAACAAGUAUCUUUUAUUCUAUAUAUUUAUUGAAAAUAAUUAUUUUAUACUCUUGCACUAUACUUAAUAUUAUAAUUUGUAAAAAACAUAUAUUGUAUAUUUUUAAAUUAAAUAAUUAUUUGUAUUGAUUUUAACUUCAAAUACCUUUUUAGUUUUUACUGUUCAGUGUUCAUAUAAAAAUAUAUAUUUUCGAAAAUCAUAA